UUCUUUCAGUUCCGUUACACAACCACAUUCGACAAGAUGUUGCUCUUAAUCGGUUCAACUGUCGCUAUGGGUACUGGUAUGGGACUUCCAAUGAUGGCUAUUAUCAUGGUAAGGCAUGAAUUCAGCGCGGAUUACGGAAAGAGUGGGCAGAGGUCUUUUCAACAGUUUGAACAUGACGUGAUCCAAAACUGUUUGAAAUACGUCUACCUCGGUUGUGGAAUAUUCGCGGCAGCAACGAUUCAGGCGACAUGUUUUCUGACUGUUGGAGAGAAUCUGGUGAAUCAGUUGAGGCGACAGUUCUUCAAGUCAAUUCUUCGCCAAGACAUUCCAUGGUUUGAUAAGAAUGGUUCAGGAACAUUAGCCACAAAAUUAUUUGACAAUCUCGAGCGAGUCAAGGAAGGAACCGGCGACAAAGUCGGUCUGAUGAUCCAGUAUGUGGCACAAUUCUUCGGCGGCUUCAUCGUGGCAUUCACCUAUGAUUGGAAACUCACGCUGAUUAUGAUGUCCCUGGCUCCAUUCAUGAUCAUGUGCGGAGCAUUCAUUGCUAGGUUGAUGGCCACUGCAGCGACUCGUGAAGCCAAAAAGUAUGCAGUGGCUGGAGGAAUAGCCGAAGAGGUGCUUACUUCGAUGAGAACUGUUAUGGCUUUCAACGGUCAGCCUUAUGAAUGCGAAAGGUACAAGCAGGCAUUGGAAGACGGUAAAUCUACCGGAAUAAAGAAAUCCUUGUAUGUUGGUAUUGGCUUCGCAAUUACAUUUCUGAUCUUGUUCUCUUCCUACUGCUUGGCAUUUUGGGUCGGCACGGAUUUCGUCUUCAACAAUCGAAUGCAAGGUGGAACUGUGAUGACGGUCUUUUUCGCCGUUAUGAUGGGCUCUAUGGCGCUUGGACAAGCUGGACCUCAGUUUGCUGUUCUCGGCACAGCUAUGGGUGCAGCCGGAUCUCUCUAUCAGAUCAUCGACAGAGUAAGGGCAGGUGCUUUCAUAGCUACAAUUUUAUUCGGUGUCUCGUUCGAAGCGAAUCCUGGAGAAACGAUAGCUUUGGUUGGUCCAAGUGGUUGCGGAAAAAGUACAAUAGUUCAAUUGUUGCUGCGAUAUUACAACCCUGAUGAUGGGAAGAUUACGAUAGAUGGUGUAGAAAUCGACAAGAUUAACAUCGAGUUCCUUCGAAAUUACGUCGGAGUCGUCUCACAAGAGCCGAUGCUUUUCAAUACAACGAUCGAACAGAACAUCCGCUACGGACGAGAGAAUGUCACCGACGCUGAAAUCACAGCUGCUCUACGUAAAGCAAACGCUUACAACUUUGUGCAAUCAUUUCCUGAUGGGAUCUACACGAAUGUCGGUGACCGUGGCACCCAGAUGUCCGGUGGUCAGAAGCAGCGUAUAGCCAUUGCUCGUGCGUUGGUCAGAGAUCCGAAAAUUCUCUUGCUGGACGAGGCCACUAGCGCUCUCGACGCCGAAAGUGAACAUGUCGUCCAGCUGGCUCUGGAGAACGCUUCCAAAGGAAGAACUACCAUCGUCGUUGCUCAUCGAUUGUCGACCAUUCGAAAUGCUGACAGAAUCAUUGCCAUUAAGGAUGGAGAGGUGGUGGAAGUCGGCACUCAUGACGAGCUUAUGGCCCGGAAAGGACUGUACCAUGAAUUGGUCAAUUCUCAGGUGUUCGUCGAUGUCGACGGGGGUAAGCUAAUCAAAAAAACGCUGCGAACAAUCCGAAGAAAGCCGAAAAGGACCUGGACCUUUAUCUUUUCAGAACUCGAAGAAGAAGGUGCUGUCAGAGCGAACCUCAUUAAAAUCUUUAGGUAUGCUCGACCCGAAUGGCCUUUUAUCACUAUUGCCGUUCUCUCCUCAGUCGUACAAGGAUGCGUUUUUCCAGCUUUCUCGUUAUUCUUCACACAAAUUAUCGACGUGUUUUCAAAACGACCGGGUGAUCCAUCGCUCAAAAGUGAUGGCCAUUUCUGGGCACUCAUGUUUCUUGUAUUGGGUAUUAUCCAAGGUAUCUCUAUGCUCCUACAGUGUUUCUUCUUUGGUAUGUCAGCCGAACGGCUCACAAUGCGGCUUCGUUCAAAGAUCUUCAACAAUGUGAUGAGAAUGGAUGCCACCUACUUCGACAUGCCUCGUCAUUCACCUGGCAAAAUCACUACCCGACUGGCCACGGAUGCACCGAACGUGAAAUCUGCUCUCGACUACCGUUUUGGUGCCGUUUUCAGUUCACUUGUUUCCGUGGGUUGUGGCAUUGGAAUUGCAUUCUAUUCUGGAUGGCAAAUGGCACUUUUGGCAAUUUCCAUCUUUCCUUUGGGUGCAGCUGGGCGAGCGAUUCAGAUGAGGUUCAUGUCUGGGCGUGCUACAGCCGACGCGAAGGAGAUGGAAAACAGUGGAAAGAUUGCUAUGGAAGCCAUCGAGCAUAUUCGAACGGUACAGGCAUUAACAUUGGAACGUCGGCUUCAUUCCGAAUUCUGUCAUCAUCUGGAUGGACCGCACACAACCAACAGACGGAAAGCUCUUAUUCAGGGUGUCUCAUACGGUUUCGCUUGCAGCAUCUUCUAUUUCUUGUACGCUUCAUGCUUCCGAUUCGGAGCAUGGCUUAUCGUCCACGGCUACCUUGGGCCGAUGAACGUCCUCAGGGUUGAGCUCGCAAUUUCUUUCACUGCUGGAAGCCUUGGUUUUGCCAGCUCAUAUUUCCCCGAGUACAUCAAAGCUACAUUUGCUGCCGGUCUCAUUUUUCAUAUGCUGGAAGAGAAGCCGCGUAUCGACGGCAUGAGCAGCAACGGUAAAAAACCGGAGAUCACUGGUGCCGUCAAACUGAAUCAAGUUUACUUCAACUAUCCCGAGCGACCAGAUGUGCCCAUACUUCAGGGACUCAAUAUCAGGGUGGAACCCGGCGAAACUCUAGCUUUGGUUGGACCAAGUGGUUGUGGGAAGUCUACCGUGAUAUCGCUACUUGAAAGGUUUUACGAUGCUUUGGACGGCUCUGUGGAAAUCGAUGGUAACGACUUACGCGAAAUGAAUCCUACCCACCUACGUGCCCAUAUUGCGCUAGUAUCGCAGGAGCCAAUCCUAUUUGACAGAUCCAUCCGGGACAACAUCCUCUAUGGCCUGCCACCAGGUUCUGUCAGUGAAGCUGAAGUGCAUGAAGUCGCACAACGUGCUAACAUCCACAAAUUUGUAAUGGAAUUGCCUGAGGGCUACAACACACGUGCGGGAGAAAAAGGUGUUCAGUUGUCUGGUGGGCAGAAACAACGUAUUGCCAUCGCACGUGCUCUCAUCAGAAAUCCGAAAAUUUUAUUACUCGACGAGGCUACCAGUGCUCUCGAUACCGAAAGCGAAAAGGUUGUGCAAGAGGCCCUCGACAAGGCAUCAGAAGGCCGCACCUGUAUCGUUGUGGCACAUCGGCUGUCAACCGUCGUCAACGCCAAUUGCAUAAUGGUAGUCCAAGGAGGAAAAAUUGUUGAAAGAGGAACACACAACGAACUAAUGCAAGCAAAAGGUGUGUAUUGGGAGCUCACACAAAAGCAGACGACGGCAAAAGAAUAA